UGUUUCUCACAAUCUUAUUGGUCCGUUUAUGGUAUUUAACACCCAAACGGUCUUCUCCCAACAGGAAGGCGAUUUUUCAAACAGAAAGUCAGUCUUAUUUGCCCACACUAGAGUUAUAUGUAACGACAGGAAGAUUCCAUUCUGCGAGUCUUUUUAUUGAAUUCGAGGAUGAACUCUGUUGAAGUGAACGAUGAGAAUUUUGGCGUCAACACUGGAGGAGGAAAGCACAGCAGCACAAGUGACAUUUUCACCCUGGACCAGCCGACCGGGAGGCCGUCCAUCCUGCGUCAGACGGAGAACCUCCCCAGCAAGACGUUGCCAAAGGGCAUCAAGGUUUGUUUCCAGACUCCAAGAAGAGACCCAGUAACUAAAAGAUUAUUAUCACCUACCAAGACUGUUAUUGCAUGUCUGGACGAGUGCACGAAAGCAAUGGAGUCCUUAAAUUUGGACCUGACCACCACUUUGCCACAAGAGACACCUGAACAACCCGAUGGUCCCAAACAAGGCGAAUUGUCUUCCUACCCAGAUGAUGACAUGCCAAUACAAAGCAAAGGUGGUUACCACUUGGAUUUUGACAACCUGGACAACAUGGACCCUUUCCAGACAUCUAACAAGAUGGUCCUGUCCCCUCCAAGUGAGAACCCUUCCCCCAAACAAGUAGACGAUAUCCGCGAGGAGCCCACCAAGUCGGAUUCCGCAUUGGAGGAGACGCUACCCAUCACCCCCUCGCUGGAGAACUCCUUGGUUUCUACCGGCGUCUGCUCUACUGACAGCAGCGUGGUCAUCGUGACGCUUCCAGCCGCGGAGCAAGAAUCACGCAGCGCCACACCUGAUGUCCCCGCUGAGUCUUCCCCAGGUGGCGUUCUCCACGAGCCUCCGGAGAAUUUUGUUGACGAUGCACCUCCGCCUCCAAAAGGAUCCUACAGCUUUGAUCCCGACGACAUCGAUUCAAUGGAUCCUUUCAAAACGGGAGGCUCCAAAAUCCAGAACUCGCCUCUCCUAGGAAGGAAGGCGCCGGACUGUCAAGAGGUGAAGCGGAUGGAGCCCGUAGAUGUGGAGGUGCCUAUUCAAGCUGGCGUGAAGCCCAUCGCCACCGUGGCCCCGAUUUCGUCUGACACCCAAGCGGCCGAAUCCAAGCCCCCGCCAGUCGCCGCACCCGCCAACAAAGGUCCCAUCAAGUUGGACUUCAACUUUGAUGAUGGCGGCGAGCUUAAACAGAAGCCACCUAAGAAGUUUGGCAAGAGGUCGUCUGGCUUCAAACCCAAAGAGACCGAAUUGGAUGUGAAGGCACAAGGAGACAUCGCGCAGAAGUCAGAAGUGGGCGCCCCCGAAGACGUGUACUCUCUAGACUGGGAAAAGCUCCAGGACCCUUUUGCAACAAAGUCCCGCAUCAACGACUCUCCUCAGACCGGUUCUCUACCUGCUGAAGAGGACCAGACACCUGCUUGUGCUAAUGAGAGCAUUUCCAUUCCUGACGUCAACGUCAAAGCAGUACCAGACCCAAUCCAGGAAUCUGAGGAGGCUCUAGCCUCCACAGUAGAACUCCUCCCUGCAAAGCAACAACCAGAAGGCAGCCUGUCUGAGUUCAAUGAAGAGUUUGUUCCUGGGACUGAGUUCAUGUCUAACAACUUCGAAGGCCAAAUCGACUACCUUGAACAGUUCGGCUCCUGCAGCUUCAAGGAGUCUGCACUACGCAAACAGUCUUUGUACCUUAAAUUUGACCCCCUGCUGAGAGAGAGCCCAAAGAAUUGCGGCGGAGGCCCAGUCGUGCCGGUCCAAUCUCUUCAACCUGCAGCACUUGUUUCACGGUUUGAAAUUCCUCCAGUGGCUGAAAAGGAAAGUGGAAGCUCACCUCAGGAGAACCCUAAACUGACCGAUGACACAACAGCCCCAACGCCCCAAAUACUGGAGAGCCUUGUCCCUCCUUUCGUGCAGCCUGCAAGCGGUGAAGGCACAAUCAUCGAAGUGCUGAAGUACAGUCAGAAAGACAUGGACGCAGCCAUCGCCAAGGUCCAGGCUGAGGCAAAGGCAAAAGAGGAACAAAUGUGUGCUAAGUAUAACGCCUUGCACGAGGAAGGUCAGGAAAUGAGGAAAGUCGUUGCAGAAUUUGAGCUCACCAUCACAAAAAUGUUGGCCGACCAAGAGAAGGAGCGUGAGCUAUCCCAGGCCAAGCUCAACGAGGCCCUGCUGGAGAAGGAGCAGGCCUCCAGCGACCUCAACGGGGUGGAGAGGUCCUUGUCGGAUCUGGUUAGACGCCUGGAGAAAUACAAGGAGGCCAUUGACGGCUAUAAAAAGAAUGAGGAGACGCUGAAAGCUUGUGCUCAGGAUUAUCUGGUACGAAUCAAAAAGGAGGAGCAGCGCUACCACACCCUUAAAGCCCACGCCGAGGAGAAAAUUGGCCACGCCAAUGAGGAAAUAGCCAAGGUACGCGCCAAACACAAGACGGAAGUGUCGACGCUGCAAGUCCAGCUGCGGCGGGAGCAGCUGAAGGUUCAGUCGCUGGAGAAGAACCUGGACCAGAAGACGAAGGAGGCUGAAGAGCUCACCAAACUCUGCGAUGAACUCAUCAGCAACGUCCAGAAGGGUUGAUGGUCUUGACUUAUUGUACAGAUUUUUCAUUGUUGUCUUUUUCACCCUGUCAUGUUUGUCUCACUUUGACUUUUAAUGUUCUUACAGUUGUGUCAAAUUAAAAAUAUAG